GUGUUUUCCAGCACCUCCGUGCUGAGUUGGAGUGCAAUGAAUGAGCAAUUAAUUGUCCUCUAAUUUAUUGAUUAAAAACUCGGGACAACAAUGCAAUGGAGGAGCGUCCCUUUUUCAAUUUAAGGACUUCCGUUAGCCGGUGUUUGGGUGAAUCAAUAAAAUUAUCCACCCUUCUCCACAAUCCCUAGUCAAAUCCCCUCACCUUCUCACCCUCACAGUGGGUAAAUAAACCUGAUCCUAUUCCAUUUGGAACAGAGAGCAGGAGAUUGAGGAAAAGUGCUUCUGCAAAUCCUGAACUCGGUUAGGUCUGGGGCGUUUGGGAGCUCCACUUUGUUUUUCCCCGCAAUGCUUGGCGCGUGGAGGUCACGCGAGAUACCGGAGAGCCGGGUCUGGGUGCCAGGCUCUCACCGAGGUGUCCACAUACUCCGGUGCACUGGGUAGGAGCAGCGGCCUUCGGGGGCUGCGGAGGAGGCCCCCUCCCACGUGUUUCUAAGGUGCAGUGCCUCAGCAGUCCUUGGGGGAGCUGUGAGCUCGACUCGGAGCCGGACGGGUUUCGUAAUCGCUUCGCUGCCGUUUCCGCCCUCGGCCAGCCCCACCUCUGCCGGCCCGCCCUCGACUCCCCCACCGCGCGAGGAGCGAGCCCGGGAAGCCCACACUGGCGGGCACCGGGCAAGAGGCCCCUUCCAGCUGCGGUUGGGCGCCUAGAUGCCCGAGGAGAGCAGGGUUCCAGCUUUGAGGAAGACGUAACUUUGUACCUGCCUGCCCACCCCACUUUCUGGCCCUGUUAUACUCUCCAGGUCUGAGACGCUGACCUUCAUUUAUUAGCUAAGCAUCCUGAGGAUUCUACCUUUUCUAGACACAUCCAGCUGAGUGAACCCAGGGUAUUGUUAUACCUGGGGAAAGUAAGAAGUGGGUGGCCAAGGCACCAGAGCAAGAGCCCUCUGGGCCCUCAAGCAGAGGAGUGAAGCUGGAACCUUCAGGGAAUAUGAGUGAAUUUUGGCACAAACUGGGCUGCUGUGUGGUAGAGAAACCCCAGCCGAAAAAGAAAAGAAGACGAAUUGACCGGACCAUGAUUGGGGAACCAAUGAAUUUUGUCCACCUGACUCACAUUGGCUCUGGGGAAAUGGGGGCUGGAGAUGGACUUGCCAUGACAGGUGCAGUUCAGGAGCAGAUGAGAUCCAAGGGAAACCGAGACAGGCCGUGGAGCAAUUCUAGGGGCUUAUAGCUCCCAUAGGAAUGGUUCUGCCGUUUUGAAGCCCCUGCUGUGUCCAACCUGGAAGAAAUGCUGUCCCCACCAGAUCCCUCCUAGAACACAAGGGCCCCUCUUUUCCCUAUCUGCCUAACAGUGCCUCAAAAGGCUUGGGGGCUGGACUCCCUCUACUCCCUCUGGCUAUAGCCCCUCCUGGAGAUGGGGUCAAGGCAGCAGGACUGACCACGUGACUACUGGUUGGCCAGAGGAGCUCAGCUGAAGCCCUGGACACUAGAUCUGAGCUAGGAGUUCUUUGGGGUAUCUGGAAUGAGUUCCCUUCUCCUGAAUGAUGGUCUAGGUGUCACCUAUUUUUAAACUUCUAACCUGGAACUCCUUAGAUGGGGUAGGUAGGUGAGAUUAUGCAAGUUGAAGCUGGCUUUGCUGAGAAGCUCCCUACCUUCAUGCCGCUCUGUUUUCUCCUGGAAUUAACUAAAGCAGAUUUCAAGCAGGGGCUGGGAGGGUGACCUCUGCCUGGGUCAAGUCCAUUCUUUCUCUUCAGAUUUAGACCUUAACAGUUCCUCAAUCUCUGCCAAUACCAGGGUCUUUCUCUAGUUAGGGCUCUAAAUCCUGUGUUUCUAUGGCAUUACUAGCUUCCAGCACCAUUCCCUUUUUUUAUUAUUAUUAAUUAAAAAUUUAAUUUAAGACGAGUAUUUUAAUUAUCCCCAUCCUGCUACUCCUGCCUCUGCUCUUAACUUCAUCCCCUUUAGGAACCUUAUUGUUUUGCAUUGAACAAGGGUUAAGAGGUGGAUAUUAACCUGAUAGCAUUCCCUUUAAGUCUUGGGUGAUCUGGCCUGCCCUCUGCCAGCCUUCCUGCUAGCCCAGGUAAGAGGAGGAAGAGUGGCAGGGGGGCUAGAGAGAAAGCCAUAAUGCAGCAAAAUUAGUUAUAUCUCAAGGUGGACUUCCUGACCAUUAAGGAUAGGAGAGUGGUGAAAGCAAUUGUCUACAUGCAGGGUUGUUCCUCAGCAUGGGAGCAGGAGAGGCUGUAGAACAAGGUCCACCCAAGACACAAUCAACAUUUGGAGCUGGUAAUUCAGAGUGUUCUCUGAAUUAUAUUUAGUAGCAUUCCUGGCCUAUCCUAGUUAUGACAACCAAAAAUGUCUCCAGAAAUUGCCAGAUGUCUACUAAUGGCAAAAUUAUCCUCAGCUGAGAAUCACAGAUUUGGAGUCAGGAUAAUUUUCUCUUGAGUGAUUUCCACCCUCCACCACUCCCUAGUCUGUUUAUCUUAAGCCUGAACCCUGAAUAAACUAGAACCCCUUAUAAAGUAGGCUCAGUAGAGCUGCACAUAAUUUUUCUUUACUCAAUGUAUUGAUUGUGCUUGCAGGGGAUCAUGUCUGUAAUGAACAUGUAUUAUGUUUCUCCAUUCUUGCUCUGUGGAAGAGGGGUUCCUACAGUAUGAAAAUAGGAACAGGAUGUAUUGGGAUUGGAGAGGGAGGAGAUAAAAGCAGCAGACAUACCCUAGUUAUCUUCCCAAGUUCUAGGCUUUAUUUCUGUGCCCUAGUCCUAAAACCAGACACAAGACUCAGGGAGUUUUGUCUGAAGACCAGGAACACGCCCCCCACCCCCCCACCCUGCCUGCUCGAGUCUGCUUUAGAUGGAAAAGCAAUGUAGGAGCAGGGUCUUUAGGCACUUUGUUUUCUCAGGUGUUUUUUGUUCUGACCCUUUCUUUGCAGGGUAAUUAGGAAGGCAGAACAAGACUAUUGAGCUCCUGCCUGUUCCAAGACAAGAUGGCUGGAAUCUCAUGUUAGCUCUGUAAUAGGAACCUUGUUUUUAUGGUAGUGGGGUCAGGACUGUGGAAGUUGUAUCCACUCUGCUGAUUCCACCAUUCAUCCAGUUUGCCCCACCUACAGUGACUGAUGUUUUAAUUUUUUCAAAUUUCAUUAUACUUCCUGCAGUUUUUUAGGGCCUAAGAUUGGUCAUAGAGAUACAUUCCCAGUUCACUCUGUUCUAGUCAGGUUAGUUGCUCUGAAAAUAGCCCUAAAGGAACUCAGUGGCCUGUGGGUUAAGACUAGAGAUCUAAAGGGUUAACAGGAUAGGGUAGAAAGGUGGGGGGACUCCUGACCUCUAGGCACAUCCUAAUAUAUUCUUUGGACACAUCUUCUCUUCGGUGCUCUCUUGCCUUGAGCUGCCUUCCUUCUCUUGUGUAUGCUACCAUCACUUUAACAAUAAAGUGAUAGGAAUGGGUUUGAGAGUCAUAAUUUAUAUUAAAAUUGUUGAACUUUUAAAUACAUUUUUCAAAUAAAAAAUGUAAGCAAAAUAGUUGCAGA